UUGAUGAUUUGACGAACCGAAAAACUGCGGCAGGAGUGCGUUUGUUUUUGACCGCGCACAUUCGUAAAAAAAAAUAUUUAUUUCCAUCUAUUCUCAUAUCAGUAAAUUAUUUAUUAUGCCUGAAGAUAAAAAUUUAGUACAGUGCUACAACAGAGGGUGCGGCCAACUGUUCGAUCCCACUCAUAACGACAAAGAUGAGUGUCAGCAUCAUCCUGGUGCACCAAUAUUUCAUGAUGCCUACAAGGGUUGGUCUUGUUGCAAUAAAAAGAGUGUGGAUUUUACAGAAUUUCUGAAUAUCAAAGGCUGUACGCUAUCGAAACAUUCUAAUGUGAAGCCUCCUGAACCUGAAAAGAAGGGUCUUGAUAAAGAAUUACAGGAAAAGGAGGUUAUAGAAGUCCGAGCACCUGUGGUUGGUCCACAACUAACUCGGCCACCAUUUGAUUCUCCACUUGUGACCCUCAAUGCAUCUAUUGCUGAUUCAUUGAAAGAUAUAACUCGAAAAGCUACAGAAAAGACAGCUGUGUCUGAUGAUGGGGUUAUAGCUGUUGGUACCUCUUGCAAAAAUGGUGGAUGUAACAUUUCUUAUGAAGGACCCCAAACAAAUGGUACCAUAUGCACAUAUCACCCUGGUUGUCCAGUUUUUCACGAAGGCCUUAAAUUUUGGUCUUGCUGUCAGAAGCGGACUACGGAUUUUAACACGUUUCUUAGCCAACCUGGAUGUACUACUGGUACUCAUAAAUGGAAAAAAGAAGGAGCACCUGCUGGUACUGUUAAAUGUCGUUGGGAUUGGCAUCAAACAUCAGAUUUUAUUAUUGUCAGUGUUUAUGCUAAGAAAUAUGAUCCAACAUUAAGCUACAUUAAACUAAAUCCAAUUCGUUUAAAUACAAAGUUAGUAUUUAGAGAAGAAAAUGAUGCUGUCUUUGAACUAGAUCUUGAGUUAAGAGGUGUGAUAGACAUAGAUAAAAGUAGUGCAUCUAUGUUGCCUACUAAGAUGGAAAUUAAAUUAAAAAAGGCCGAAUUGGGUUCAUGGAGCAAAUUAGAUUUUCCGAGGAAUGACCCUAAAAAGGAAGAGCCUAAGCCUCACACUGAACAAGAAAUUGAAGAUGAUUCAGUUGAUUUAUCCACUGUUGAAGCUAUACAAUCAAUUGGGAAAGUAAAUGUGUCAGGUUAAGGAACUAACACUGAUUUCCCAAAAGACACACUAUUUGAUAUUUUGUAAAGCACAAGGUGUGUUUGUUUAUUCAAAUAAUUUUUUUUUAUGUUAUACAAUGGUAAAUGUACAUUUUCGCAAAUAAAAUGUGUUUUUACUAUGAUUUAAUUAUAUUUAUUUCAUUUCAUUGACCUUAAUUCUACUGAACAAUAUAAUAACACAUU